AGGUUACCUUGAAGCUCCCCUUGCUCCUGCCUGUCUGCUUUGUGACCUAUUACCAUGUGAGGCGUAAAUAAUAUUGGCUAAACUGUUAGCACAUAUCUGCUGCCCCCCUUCGCUUCAGAUACCCUGCUUCCUUCAACCCUGUUUUCGCUCUCCCUCAGUACCGUUCCCCAUAGACUCCCUUCUGCUAUGCAAAGAGACCAGCCACACUGAAACUUCCAUCUACAUCAGCCCCCCCACCAAUGAUUUAGCAAAAAGUUCAACCUUGCUGGAUUAUAUGGCGGCCACACAAGAGCAACACCAUUUGAUACGUUGGUGUUCAAAAGGGAUUUAAAAGAAACAACAACAAACAAGAUCACAGAGAAAUCUGGCUACCCCUCACCUGAUUUGCUGAAGUAACCUUAAUUUCAACAUGGACGAGGCUGCAUCACAAGGCGCAGAAGCAGAGUCUACGAAACAACCCCCCAAGCAAGGCAACGGUUUCCCGAAAAUCCAACUCAAGCCGGUACAAUGGGUUAUAGCCAUCGUUCUCGUCCUGUCCUGGUCUGCGGUCGGUGCAUAUUUGUUCGACUUUGUUGAUGACAAACAAAUAGCCGCUAUUCAGGAAGUGAGCAUGGAUCCCAUGGCAGCAGCAAACAUGGCUGUAGAGGGAAUAAAACACAGCGCAGACAAGUUGGUGGCCGAAGUGUCUGAUGCUGUUUACAAUGCUCCAGAGAAUAUAUGUAACUCGGAAUACCUAAAGUCAAGUGGUCUCCUAAUGGAGGAUAUACGAGAAGGAAUAAAGGGGGUUGUCGUUGACGUAUUUGACAUCUUUGAAGGAACAAUACACACAGUGACCUACUAUCCAGACAUGAUGUUAACUGGAACAGUGGAUGCAAUCAGAUAUGUGACAAGCAUGAUGAAAGGGAACCGCCCCAAACUGGACACUCUGAAGUAUGGGGGUGUGGCAUUGGAAAACAUACGAGAUGGCCUUAAGGGCGUCAUCGGCUGCUUAUUUGACCUCUUCGAGGGAACACUCGAUGCUGUGGCCUUCUUUCCUCACAAGAUUUUGACUGGAGCAGCUGAUGGAUUCAAAUAUGUGACAAGUGUGGUGUCUGUGCCAAGCUUCCUCGCUCUCCCUACAGAGUGGAUAUCGGAGCUCAAUCUUAAUCCAAUGGAUGCCAUCAUGCAAGCAACUGAAGAAAUCACAAACCUGAACAAGGAUGCCUUUGACUCUGUGUCAAGCAUGUUCAAGGGCAGUGAAGAAAUAAGCUUUGAUCCCAUGAAAGUUGUGACUGAUGCAGUAGAGGAGAUCGCGGACAGGAGGAACAUGUUCUUGUCAUAUCUGUCAAACGUAAUGAUGGAGGACAAAGAUGAGACACCACCCAUGACCAGGAGGAAAGGGGAGUUUUUGCCUCCAAUGGAAAAAGUUCUUGAACAAGAGAAGGUAUCCAAGCAGCAGAAGACCAGAGAAGAAGUAUACAAAAUCAUUCAAGACCUAAAAGCCACAAAAGCUGAAAAAGAGGCAGUAAAGUUCAAACUUGAAGCCAGAAAGGAAGAGGAGGAAGAGGAGAAGAAGGAUAAAGAAGAGACUGUCACUGCUGAGGAACUGCCUGAAAAGGAGAAAAAACCUGAACCACUGGAGGAGAAAGUGACUGAGGAAGGAGCUAAAGCUGUAGGAGAGCUGAAGCCUGGAGAAGAGACUGUCAGAGUUGAGCCUGCACAGGAGGAAGUGACUGAAGAAAAAGUUGAUGGAGGAGUUAACGUCACCAGCAAACGCUGGAUAAAAGUGAAGUCUUUACAAGAGCUGAAGCAGGAAGAACCUGCACCUCCACCUGUACCUGUGAAGGAAAAAGAUAAACCAGAACCUGUAAAAGAAGAACCUAAGCCUGCAUCGGUAAAGGAAAAAGCUAAGCCAGAGCCUGCAUCGGUAAAGGUGCAAGCUAAGCCAGAGCCUGCAUCGGUAAAGGAAAAAGCUAAGCCAGAGCCUGCAUCGGUAAAGGAAAAAGCUAAGCCAGAGCCUGCAUCGGUAAAGGUGCAAGCUAAGCCAGAGCCUGCAUCGGUAAAGGAAAAAGCUAAGCCAGAGCCUGCAUCUGUAAAAGAAGAACCUAAGCCAGAGCCUGCAUCGGUAAAGGUGCAAGCUAAGCCAGAGCCUGCAUCGGUAAAGGUAAAAGCUAAGCCAGAGCCUGCAUCGGUAAAGGAAAAAGCUAAGCCAAAAUCUGAAAAAGAGAAACCUAAGCAAGAACCCAUUACGGAGAAGACUAAGCCAGAACCAGAAAAGCAGAAAGCCAAGCUAGAAUCCGUAAAGGAGAAGGCUAAACCAGAACCUACUACCGAUAAGGAAGAAGCUAUGGUAGAAUUCAAGGAGGAGAAACCUAGGCCAGAAUCUCCUAAGGACAAGGCCAAACCAAAGCCCAUUGCAGAGAAGGCAAAGCCAGAGCCCAAAAAGGAGAGAGCUAAGGAAGAACUUGUAAAAGAGAAGGCUACACCAGAACCUGUGAAGGAGAAAGCUGAGCCUAAGCCCAAAAAGGAAGAACUUAAGCUUGAACCUGGAAAGGAAACCGCUAAGAAAAUAACUGUAAAAGAAACUGCAAAGCCAGUGCCCACAAGGGAGGAGGUUAAGCCAGAACCAGUGAAGGAGAAAAUGAAGACCCUGAAAGAAAAGGCUAAGAAAGAAGCUCUGAAGGAGAAAACUGAGCCAGAACCAGCAGUAGAGAAGACUAAACCAGAACCUGCACCUGCAAAAGAAAAAGCUAAGCCAGUACCCAUGAAGGAGAAAGCUGAGGCAGAACCUGUGAAGGACAAAGCUAAAAAAGAACCUGCUAAAGAGAAGGUAAAGCCAGAAGCUGUUAAGGAAAAAGCUAAACCAGAAACCAUGAAGGAGAAAGCAAAGCCUGAGCCUGUAAAGGAAAAAGCCAAGCCAGAGCCUGCUAAGGAGAAAGUUAAGCCAGAGCUCCCUAAAGCGAAAGCUAGACCAGAACCAACUAAAGAAAAAGCUAAGCCUGUUCCUGUGAAGGAGGAAGACAAGGCUGCACCUUUGAAAGAAAAAGCUAAGCCUGUACCUGUGAAGGAGGAAGAUAAGGCUGCACCUUUGAAAGAAAAGGCUAAGCCUGUACCUGUGAAGGAGGAAGACAAGGCUGCACCUUUGAAAGAAAAAGCUAAGCCUGUACCUGUGAAGGAGGAAGACAAGGCUGCACCUUUGAAAGAAAAGGCUAAGCCUGUACCUGUGAAGGAGGAAGACAAGGCUGCACCUUUGAAAGAAAAGGCUAAGCCUGUACCUGUGAAGGAGGAAGACAAGGCUGCACCUUUGAAAGAAAAGGUUAAGCCUGUACCUGUGAAGGAGGAAGACAAGGCUGCACCUUUGAAAGAAAAGGCUAAGCCUGUACCUGUGAAGGAGAAUGCUAAGCUAGAACCCACCCCUGUGAAGGAGAAGGCUAAAGCAGAACCUGUGAAGGAGAAAGCUAGUCCAGAAUCUGUAAAAGAGAAGGCUAGGCCAGAACCUGCAAAGGAGAAGGCUAAAGCAGAACCCACCCCUGUAAGGAAGGCUAAGCCAGAACCUGCACCUGUAAAGGAUGAAGCUAAACCAGAACCUGCAAAGGAGAAGGCUAAAGCAGAACCCACCCCUGUAAAGAAGACUAAGCCAGAAGCUGUGAAGGAGAAGGCUAAAGCAGAACCUGCAAAGGAGAAGGCUAAAGCAGAACCCACCCCUGUAAGGAAGGCUAAGCCAGAACCUGCACCUGUAAAGGAUGAAGCUAAACCAGAACCUGCAAAGGAGAAGGCUAAAGCAGAACCCACCCCUGUAAAGAAGACUAAGCCAGAAGCUGUGAAGGAGAAGGCUAAAGCAGAACCUGCAAAGGAGAAGGCUAAAGCAGAACCCACCCCUGUAAGGAAGGCUAAGCCAGAACCUGCACCUGUAAAGGAUGAAGCUAAACCAGACCCUGCAAAGGAGAAGGCUAAAGCAGAACCCACCCCUGUAAAGAAGACUAAGCCAGAAGCUGUGAAGGAGAAGGCUAAAGCAGAACCUGUGAAGGAGAAGGCUAAAGCAGAACCUGCAAAGGAGAAGGCUAAAGCAGAACCCACCCCUGUAAAGAAGACUAAGCCAGACCCUGCAAAGGAGAAGGCUAAAGCAGAAGCUGUGAAGGAGAAGGCUAAAGCAGAACCUGCAAAGGAGAAGGCUAAAGCAGAACCCACCCCUGUAAGGAAGGCUAAGCCAGAACCUGCACCUGUAAAGGAUGAAGCUAAACCAGACCCUGCAAAGGAGAAGGCUAAAGCAGAACCCACCCCUGUAAAGAAGACUAAGCCAGAAGCUGUGAAGGAGAAGGCUAAAGCAGAACCUGUGAAGGAGAAGGCUAAAGCAGAACCUGCAAAGGAGAAGGCUAAAGCAGAACCCACCCCUGUAAAGAAGACUAAGCCAGACCCUGCAAAGGAGAAGGCUAAAGCAGAACCUGUGAAGGAGAAGGCUAAAGCAGAACCUGCAAAGGAGAAGGCUAAAGCAGAACCCACCCCUGUAAAGAAGACUAAGCCAGACCCUGCAAAGGAGAAGGCUAAAGCAGAACCCACCCCUAUAAGGAAGGCUAAGCCAGAACCUGCACCUGUAAAGGAUGAAGCUAAACCAGACCCUGCAAAGGAGAAGGCUAAAGCAGAACCUGUGAAGGAGAAGGCUAAAGCAGAACCUGUGAAGGAGAAGGCUAAAGCAGAACCUGUGAAGGAGAAGGCUAAAGCAGAACCCGUCCCUGUAAAGGAGAAAGCUAAACCAGAACCUGUGAAGGAGAAAGCUAAGCCAGAACCUGCAAAGGAGAAAGCUAAGCAAGAAGCUGUAAAGGAAAAAGCUAAGCAAGAAGCUGUAAAGGAGAAAGCUAAGCCAGAACCUGCAAAGGAGAAGGCUAAAGCAGAACCCACCCCUGUAAAGAAGACUAAGCCAGAAGCUGUAAAGAAGGGUAAGCCAGAAGCUGUAAAGGAGAAGGCUAAGCCAGAAGCUGUAAAGGAGAAAGCUAAGCCAGAACCUGUGAAGGAGAAGGCUAAAGCAGAACCUGUGAAGGAGAAGGCUAAGCCAGCCAAAGUGAAGGUAAAGAAAGAACCCGAGGCUCCAAAAGAGAAGGCAAAACCAGCAAAGAAAGAACCCGAGCCAAAGAAAAAGGUCAAGCCAAUGCCUGCUGUGAAAGAACCUGAGGUUCCAAAAGAGAAGGCCAAACCUGUAAAGACAGAAGCAGAGGUUCCAAAGGAGAAAGCUAAGCCAGCACCACCUGUGAAAGAACCUGUGGCUUCAAAGGACAAACCAAAACCGACAAAGAAAGUGGUUGUGGUACCAAAAGCAAGACCGACUCCAACCAAAAUAGAACUUGAAUCUAUGAAGAACAUCACUGGACCAGUUGUGAAGAAAGAAAUUCCAAAGGAGAAACCCAAACCUGAAGUGAAAGAACCCAAGGUUCCAAAGGAGGAAGUCAAGCCAGUUUUAAAAGAACCUGAGGUUCCAAAGGAGAAACCCAAACCAGUCGUAAAAGAACCCGAGGUUCCAAAGGAGAAAUCCAAACCAGCUAUAAAAGAGCCUGAACCUCCCAAGGAGAAGGCCAAACCAGCUAAGAAAGAACCCGAGGUUCCAAAGGAGAAACCCAAACCAGUCGUAAAAGAAUCCAAGGUUCCAAAGGAGAAACUCAAACCAGCUAUAAAAGAGCCUGAACCUCCCAAGGAGAAGGCCAAACCAGCUAAGAAAGAACCCGAGGUUCCAAAGGAGAAACCCAAACCAGUCGUAAAAGAACCCGAUAUUCCAAAGGAGAAAUCCAAACCAGUUGUAAAAGAGCCUGAACCUCCCAAGGAGAAGGCCAAGCCAGCUAAGAAAGAACACGAGGUUCCAAAGGAGAAAGUCAAACCAGCUAUAAAAGAAACUGUGGUUCCAAAGGAGAAAGCCAAACCAGCCGUAAAAGAACCUGAGGUUCCAAAAGGUAAAGCCAAACCUGUUCCAGAAAAGAAAGAAGCUGAGCUUCCAAAGAUGAAAGCAAAGCCAGCGCCAGAAGUGAAAGAGCCUCCAAGAGAGAAGGCCAAAUCAGCUAAGAAAGAACCUGAGAUUCCAAAGGAGAAGGCCAAACCUGCUAAGAAAGACCAAGAAGCUCCGAAGGAAAAAGCCAAGGCUGCCCCAGCAGUAAAAGAGCCUGUAACUCCAAAGGAGAAGGCCAGACCACCUAAGAAAGAACCUGAGGUUUCAAAGGAGAAAAUCAAACUGGAAAGGAAGGAACCCGAGGCUCCGAAGGAAAAAGCUAAGCCUGAACCAACAAAGAAAGAAUUUGAUUCUCUCUCAAAUAUUACAAAAGCAACUCUGGGAAAGAAAGAACACAAAGUUAUAAAGGGGAAAGCUAAACCAGCCAAAAAAGAACUAGUGGUACUGAAAGAGAGGCCAAGGCUCGCACCAGUUACAGAAGAGCCUGAAAUCCCAAAGAAGGCCAAACCUGUAAAGAAAGAGCCCGUGGCACCAGUUGAAUCUGUUGUACCAGCACCUACAAAGGAAGAACCACCCAAACCAGACGGCCUUGGUGUAGAGGAAGAGGAGGAUAUCCCCUACUUCCAGUGCUUCUUUGUAGACGAAGACGACACGCACUACCCGUUCUUCCCGUUCUCGCCGCCACAAAUCUGAGACCCUGCCAUCCACAGAUGAUCUUGAAAAGCCUGAGCCCUAUGGAAGAAGCUUGGUGGCACAUCGAGUCACAACAUUACCUUUAUCACUGGGCUGUGCGAUAGUGACCACUGCUUCGACGCGGUUCAUUCAUCAGCUGGUGUCCUUUAAUGAAACUCAAGGACUGAAAAUGACAAAUGGUGGUGACCGUCCGUACACCUCGAUAUGCUUUUAACAGACCACAGAAGCAGGAGAUACCAUCUUUUCCCCAGGUGUUGAAAAAACCUUAAACAUUUCUCUGUUAGUAUAUCAGUAAAGGUUUAGCUUACAUUUAGUUGUUACAGUACAGUUCAUGAAAGGUUAGGAUGUCAUCUUAUGUUUAAAUAAACACUUCAGCCUUGUCUUAUUUUAAUCUAUGUUUGUCUUGACAAUGGCUAAAUAGUUUCAAUUCGAAGUUGUAGAUGAAAAAAAAAAAUUCACAGUUUGUGCGGUGCACUGUUGCAUUAUAAAAUGUUUAAGUAAUUUCACACCAACAAAGUUACAGACAUGGAGGUAAGGGACCCGAGCGACCAGCAAAAGAACAAGGCUGAGUUUUCUCUGAGCCCCUCCAUGUCGUACGUUUCCUCUGCUCUGUUUCCCGACCAGACCAGGAAGGGCGGGCUGUUAUUAACCUGAAAGAGCUAUCGCAGGUACCGACCACUGCAUUACUACUACCUGACAACCCCUUUGUGGGCAUAUCUAACAGUACGUCUGUGUCUCUACACAGAUGAAAAAGUCUUAUUUCUACAUCUAAAUGCUUCUCAUUUUGACAGGAUGCUGAUUCAAAGCAUUCCAUUAUAUUAGCCGUCAGAAUGAGGUUUUCUUUGUUGUUGUCCUUUUUUUCUUUUUUAAAAAGGCCACCUUUCAAUUGACUUGAAGUUAUAUUUAACAACAUUUUUGUUCUUUUUUUUCAACAAGUAAUGGACGUUGGUGGAUGUUCAGCUUGUUAGGAUGUCAUCUUAUGUUUAAAUAAACACUUCAGCUGUUUGGCUCUACAGAUUAAGAAAAAGACACGUCUUUUAACAUAUUUUUUAAUUGUGAAGUCGCACAUGUAAGGAAGAAGUACAAAUAUUGCAUAAUUAUAUUAAUAUUUUAUAUAACUUUUUUUAUAUAGUAAUAUCUUAUAAUGAGACCUAAUAAUAGGGAUGGAUUAUUAUUUUGCCUUGUGCCUUUUUCCAAGAAUAUAUCAAC